AUGAUGUUUAAUACAAGCACUUGAGCAGUUUAAUAAGUCGCCUUGUUUGUUUUUCUCACAGGUGUCUCAUCAUGAGGAACAGCUUACAGUGUCUGCUUUUCUCAGCUCUGUUGCACGUGACCUUCUCUCGGCUUCAUGAGUUUGUCUAUGUGUCCGAGGUCAUGAACUGGAACAAUGCGCAGAAGUACUGCAGACAGCAUUACACGGAUCUCGCCACCGUCGAUGACCAGGAGGAUCACGAUCAGCUGCUGAAAACUGUGGGAAUGGGACAUGUUUGGCUUGGAUUGGUUCGCACUACAUAUGGUGGACCCUACGGCUGGUCAGAUCAGAGUAGCUCCACAUUCACACGCUGGAAACCUGGAAAACCGGAUGAUCAAUUGUGUGCUAAAGUUUUUGAGGGUGUUUGGUAUGACAGCAGGUGUACAAACACUAAUCCUUUUGCAUGUUAUUUUGGUGAGAUAUGA